UUUAAAUGGCUGUCAUCAAUCCUAGCCAGAUAAACUCGUAAUAUACUUUUACCUAGUGGAGAAGAAGUUUAAACCUUUCCUCAAACUUAAGAUGUGGUAAAACUGAAAAUUAAACUAUAAUUUUAGUGAAUAUAUGCAUCAUCACAAGCUUUAUACUUAAAACUAAAGCAGUGUGAAGCUAAUGCAAAUCUCACGAAUUCAUAUCCCACAUUGGGCUAAGUAUUUUAUUUCGCGGCAAGCUGCAAUAUUAUCACAGAGGACAGCUAGAUUGAAAGAAAAUGGAAACAAAAAUCGUGUCGUCGUUGGCAGUGAAACUAGGAAUACGGUCCCCGAAUAUAGUAAGGAAAGCUGAAGAAUAUGUUCGCCUGUUGGAUAUCCGUGGUGGAUCAAGCACCUUAUCUGCCCUGGCACUAACUGGCUCCUGUAUAUCCGUCAUCUGUAUAGAUCUAGCAGCAAGAACAAUGGGAGCCACCAUUGAUAAAAAACUUGCUGCCAAGUUUGCAGGAGUGAACAAGAAAGCCUAUACCACUGGAUACAAGACUCUAGAACACAUGUUAGAUCUGCAGCCACACAUUUCAAUACACAGUCUGGCUGUGCAGUUUGGUUGUACUAAUGCUACUGCCCUGGCUAGACAGGUGCUUCAAAGGUAUUCCUUAGAAUUCAGUGAGAAGUUGACUGCUNGCAUUGAAGUCCCCAAACACAAUGCAUUUGCCUAG